GGGGUAUCAGCUCGUUUGUCUGGAAAGUAGGAGUCGGUGGCAGUUAGGUCCAAAUGACCCGGCAACAUUACAGUCUUUAGCUUUCUUCUGCUUAACUUCAAUUUUGCAUAGAAUCUCGUGCCAUGCAGUGCUUCGCUGCGGGAUCGGCCUGGGCUCGCGGCUGCAAAGCCUGUCGGCGCUGCCCAGGCCCGGUUCUCGCAGCGGCCCCAGCAAUCCAUGUUUCGCUUGUGCUAGGAAUAAGCUGCAGACGAUCUGAAUUACAACGAACAUGUAGACACGUGGAACGUAUUGUGGCGUCGGCGUCGCGCGAGGACCGGACGAAGGAGCCGUCUCCACAGCUGAGCUCCUGUGGUCGUGAGCCAGCACAGACGUUAGGAGCCGCUAAAUUUAUAUCGUCUGCAACGAAGGCACUGGGCGUGGCCGGCGUCAUGGUAUUCGCCAUGCUAUUCGGGCCAACUCGGGCGGCGCAAGCGCGAGAUAGGAACCUCCAGCUAACUACCCUCCCCCAAGUGGCCGCAGUCCGAUCCUCCGACGCACAUGAUGCAACCCGCCACAACCCCAUCCUCUAUGACCUCGCCGCCGCCACCGCCACCGCCGAACCUGCCGGCGCCGCGGCAGCGGCGGAGGCGGCGGCGCCGGCCGCUGCCGCCACCUCCUCCUCCUCCCCGGAAUCCGCCGUGGAGGCCGCGUACAGGGGCUAUUUGGAGCGCAUCACCGCCCAGGUCCUGGCGGAGAACCCGGCGGCGCAGGGUCAGCCAGAGCUGCUGGCUCGGCUAGUGCGGGCGAGGGCUCUGGGGACGCCGUUGAGCUUCGAUGAGCUGAUGCGGUCCAGCGUGCCGUCACCGGACGAGGUGCCCAACCGGAAUAGCCGUCAAGAGGUAGCGGAGCAGAUCAAGGCGAUCAUGGACCAGUACGACAGGGAGGAUUUCGACCUAGGCAUCAAGCAGUUCCUGCUGGAGGCCAAGGUCAAGGCGAAACUGGAGGCUUCUUCCCGGGGCACUUCUCGCGACCGAGCUGCGCCUAAGGACUACGAGGAGGCGCUGGCUGCUGAGCUGUUUGCGGCGGAGGAGGGGGCGGCACCCAAGGAGAAAGCGAAGACGGAGGACAUGGUCGACGACGCAUUCACCACGGAGGUGGUGGAGGAGGCUCUGGCGCUUUUUGGAGACGCCAGCAGCGUGAAGACCGCAUGGAGGACGCAGGACGUCCUACGGGAGUUGUCGUACACUCAGUUAUGGGCGCUUGUUGAGGAGGGUCACGUGGCCCGGCUGCGGUUCUACGGCCCCGAGCAGAACAAGGUGCUGGUGACCACGCGGGCCUCGGCACCUGGGGGCGUGAGGGUGUGCAAGGUGGUGCUGCCCCCAGAUCCGGAGUUUCUGGAGCACCUGACGGCGCACGGGGUGGCGGUGGAGUCCGGCAACACGGAGGAGGACCGCCUCAGAGCGAGUCUGUUCAUCCAGAUCCUGCGGUACACUGCGCCCUUCAUGGUCAUUUCGGGUCUGUUCUGGAUCCUGCACAGCUGGCUGCUGGAUCCAGUUCCGAACAAGUUCCGGCGUCAGGAGUUCAUCCGGUACCGGCGGGAAAUGUUGCAUGUGGCCUCAAAGCUCAACUUCCGGACACCAGCACGCGAGGUCCGCAUCGACACCAGCUCCCCGGACUUCAUUCCUUGGGACGACAUCAACGGCAUUGACGAGGUCAAGCGGGAGAUCACGGAGAUCAUUGACUAUCUCAGGAACCCCGCCCUGCUUCGCUCCAGGGGCGUUGCCCGCAUCGGUGGCGUACUGCUGGCGGGUGCUCCAGGCACUGGCAAGACGUUGCUUGCAAAGGCCAUUGCAGCGGAGGGCGGAGUGCGCAUGUUCACCUGCAGUGGUACCGACUUUUACGACGUAUACAGCGGCGUCGGCGCGCGUCGAGUGCGUGAGACGUUCGACCGCCUGCGAAAUGCGGCGCCCGCUAUUUUGUUCAUAGACGAGUUCGACGCGCUCGGGGCGGCACGUGGCGCGCAGGCCAGUGGCGACGAGUCGGCAUCCAUCAUCAACGAACUGCUGGUCCAAAUGGACGGUUUUGAGGACAACCGGGGUAUCGUGGUCCUGGGUGCGACCAACCGGCCCAACGCCAUUGACUCGGCGCUCAUCCGCCCGGGGCGGUUCGACCGCAUCAUCUACAUGCCGCUGCCGGAUGCGGCGGGCAGGGCCAAGAUCAUGCAGGUCCACGCACGCAACAAGGCGGUGGAUCCGAACAUCAACUGGUAUGAGGUGGCCCGUGCCAUGGCGGGUUUUACCGGUGCUGACGUGAUGGGCCUUAUGGCUCGCGCGGCACGUAUGGCGGCACGGCAGGGUCGCGACGCGAUUACUGAGGACGACAUUUACGCCGCCAUGGAGAACAAGACCGUGGAGGCACUGGUGGAGACCACCUCCGCGGGCGGCGGCGGCGGCUUCGUUGCGGACGACACCUCCCCAGAGAACCCGGAGCCCAUUCCGCUGCAGCUGCGGAAGUCCAUUUCGGUGUACGAGGCGGGCAAGGCGCUGGUGGCGUACAUCACACCCGAGUACGAGGAAAUUGCACGGGUGUCCGUAUGCCCUCUGAACAUCUUGUCGGGCUUCACUUUGUUCGUGGAGGACGAGGACAAGAACGUGAACGCCAUCCUGACGCGGUCGGAGCUGGAGGGCCGCAUGGUGGUGUCGCUGGCGGGGCGGUGUGCGGAGAAGCUCGUCAUGGGCGAGGGCAACCUCACAGGCAUGGGAUCUCCCGACCUGUUUCACGCCAAUCUGAUCGCUCGGGAGAUGAUCAUGUCGAUGGGUAUGGGUCGUCGUACCGGUCCCGUGGACCUGCUGCGGGUGAUGGGGGCGGCGGAGGGCACCCCGGGGGAGGAGACCCUCCGCGCCGGACCGGAAGUGGCGGAGGGAGAUCCCUUCUACUACCACAGCACGGAUAUGUCCACAGAGCAGGCCCGUGUGGCUCUGUCCGAGGUGGUGGAGCUUCUAGAAGCUGCAGAGGCCAAGGCCAUGUACGGCCUGGCCAUGAACUGGAAGCCGCUUCAGGCCCUCACGCAGGCGCUUCUGGACCGGGGCACGUUGACGGGCAAGGAGGUGGCGCAUAUUCUCGAGACCAACAGCGUCAUCCACUACCCAGACCCGUAUACCUUUGGAUUCGGCUGGGAUCCGGAUGGCAGCCUGCGGUAUCCCUUCAAGCCAGAGAAGACCGCUGAGCAGAAGCAGCAGGAGGAGGAGGAGAGGGCGAAGAAGAGGAAGGAGGAGGAGGAGGCCGCAAAGCCCAAGCUCACAGGAGCUCGCGCCAAGACAUGGUUUGCGGGCACUGAGCACGAUGCGCCCCGUACACCCGACGGGCGUUUCGCGCACGGCUGGCACUGGAACAUGCCGUACAGCAUCCAGAAGACACUACCGGACUGGUACAAGAAAGAGCUGGAGCGAUAUUCCUACUAAUGCAGACAAUCGUACACGCCGUACACAUCUAUGGGAUUGAACAGCUGGCUGGACUUGGCGUGUCAGUCCGUCCGUCUGUCUGUCUGUCUGUCUGUCUGUGUGUGUAUAUGCAUUUACACCGGGACCAUUGGUGGCCUCUUGUAACUGGAUCAUCGAAAAGCCCAGGCAGCAGCCGUCACAUGGACGGACUGGGGGAUCGGAAUGUAUAAUUGUGGGGGGGAGAUAACGGACUCGGUCGGCUUUAGACGACUCGACAUCCAGGAGAUGUGCUUCCUGGGCGGUCAAGAAAGGGAAUAGGCUACGCGUUUCCCUGCCUGCCGCUGCCAUACAUGGUAGUUUGGAGCGAUUUGGAGCCAGGAGGGAGAAGGAGGAACGUUUCGGAGCGAUAUACGCAGCGGACAGAGGACAUUUUUCUGGCCCUGGAACUCGUUCCCCAAUUGUGUUGUUGUUCGGACCUUGCACCUGGUUCGGUAGAGGCCGUGGUGUUUCAUGGGCCCCUGCUGCUAGCCUCCGCCCUUCCGCAUGUGCAGGCAGCAGCAGCAGCAGCAGCAGUGAGUGAAACUGGCUUGACGAGUCUGUUGUCCACCAGUUACAAGGCCCGUAAGCUUCGCGAAGCUUAUGGCGGCUGGAUAUCAUCAACAGGCAGAUCCACUUGCGCGAAUUCUUGGUGCCGUGUACAUGUCUGUCUGUCUGUCUGUGCGACAGUAGCCCCAGGUGUAUGCAUAUGAGAUGUAAAUAUAUAUAAGUUU